CAGAAUCAACAUAACGAGUGCGUUCGCGGCGCAGAAAAUACGGUGAAUAAUUAAAUUAUUCAAUAACUCGACACCACCUUAAACAAAUCGAAACAUAUCAAGGCAGGCAAAAUAUCGCUUUUAAAUACCUAUUUAAUUUGAAAUGAUUCGUGCAGAACGUCUGUAAAUCAAUUUGUUAUUGAAAAGUGCCUUGGUGUGUGUGUGCGUGCGUAUUAUUAAACAAAAGUAUUAAGCAAAGUCGCACAUUUUGCAAUACCGCUGCGAAAUAAACGAGUAAUAAUUGUCGCAGCUGAAAACGCACUUCCUUUUCUCCCGUUUUCUUUUUGUUUUUACGGGUUCGCGCAAAUACAUUUGCAGCUGCUGUUCAGCUAUUUAUUGUGUGUGUGCCCGUUGUUGUUGUUGUUGGAUCACCUCUCGUUAACCACCUUGAAUGCGCGAGCGAGAGGGAGGAAGAGAAGAGUGCAAAGUUGAUGCCCGAGCGUAUGUGUGUGUGUGACAACAAAUUAGCUGCGACUGUGUGCGUGCGGCAUUAGUCACUCUCUUUAACUUUUAACUUUUAUGGUCCACCUUUUUUGGGCGCAUCGCCAAAACCAACAACAAAAAACCUACUAAGCCAGCUUUUGCGGAUCGUUCAAAACGAAUCGGAUCGGAACGAAUCGGGUAUCGUCAAAAGAGAGCAUGACCAUUCCAUCGAGGCCUGCGCCGGCUCCGCCCGGUUCACGUGGGCAGUGCGCCGCGGCUGGGGCGAACGCCAGCCUGGAGCAACUGCGUCUCCAGCUCCAGCAGCAGCACAUGCAGCAGCAGCAGGCGGGUGGCGGAGGGCUUCAGAAGCUUACCAUCAAGCUGCCGCCACCGCCCAAGGGUCCGCUGCAGUCGCAGAAUUCACAGCACAAGCGGACCGCCGUUAAUAAUAUUAAUAACAACGGUAGCCUUUUCGAUGAGCCAAUGGGAGGAUCGAGUAUCACAAGGAAGUUUCCACAGGCACGCUAUACGCCGGCCACCAACUGGGACGACGAUCCAUUUGGUGGAAACGGUAAUGAUCGCUUCAAGAAGAUGCCACCGCCGCGACCGCCGCCGCCUAAGGUGCUGGUUAAUGGACAUAAUAUGACCAAAUCCUCUUCUUCGACGACAGCGGCAGCCGCCGGCGGUGGCAGUCUCAUCUCGAACAUCUUCCACCGCAAGAAGUCCACGUCCACGGCAUCCGCCGCUGCUACCAAGGCCGCAGCACAAAGUCGCGUCUACGACCUGAGCAGCGGCAAUGCCGGGACACCAAACAGCAACAGUAGUGCCUCCUCGGCAGCUUUUACCAAUGUGGAUUGGAAUGCGGCAUGGAACACGGCUAGCACUACUACCACCACCACCUCGAGCAGUAGCCAUAGCUCUCACUACGCCUCCCAGCCGACGGCAGAUUCCCAGCUGAUUAGCUUCGAUUCCCCGCCCUCGUCGCCCACCUUUACACAGAAGUCCAACAGCGACUGCGUCAGCGUUGACAGCUUCAGCUCGGACAGCAACUUCAGUUCGCCCAACAAUGGUAGCGUUUCGCAGCCGGAGAGCGGAUUCGAAGACGACUACCAUCGAUCGCGGCCAUCCACACAGAGUCCACUGGAUCCAUGGGAGGCGGUGGAUAGCGUUGGACCUGGCGGCGUCGACUGCUUUGGCUCCGCUCCGGUGCGUCAAACGUACCAGUUGCAGGCCCGCACCUCGGACAACCCAUUGUGCAACGGCAAGAGCCUCUUACCGCCCACCCAAUCGCUGACCAUGCCCACUAUUAUCAAACCGAAGAUAUCCCAAAAGCCAAAGGCUCCAAAGCCGCCACCAUUUAUUGGAGGCAUACCACCAGGGUUUAGCAUACCAGCUGGAUAUGGAGGAAUGCAGACGCCACCGUCCCCACCGAUGCCCAAGGGACCGCCGCCACCGCUGCCAUCUGGUCAAAUCUCCCUGUUGGACGUGAUUAACGGGAAAGUGGAUGCGCUGGCGUUGAGCAAUGGGAGCCAGGGCUACGUUGAGGAAGAGGUCAUUGCUUACGCCAUUGCGCUAUUUGAUUUUGAUGGCGUCGAGGAAGGGGAUUUGAGCUUUAGGGAAAGUGAGAAAAUCUAUCUGUUGGAUCACCCCACGCCAGAGUGGUUUCGCGGACGCACACGUUCUGGGUGUGAGGGCAUCUUUCCUGUCAACUACGUGGACGUCAAGGUGCCAUUGGGGGCCACUGGUGGUGGUGCUGCUGCUAGUGCUGCUGCUAGUGCUGCAGCACCAUUACCGAGUCAUUCGCAAACGCAGCUGAACACGGCGUUGUGCUUGUAUAAUUUUCCCGGCGGAGUCGAAGGAGAUCUCGUCUUACAGGAAAACGAAUUGGUCACAGUGCUUUAUAAGAUAAACGAAGAUUGGCUGUACGGCGAGGUGGCGGGUCGUCAGGGACAAUUCCCGGCCAAUUUCCUGGACCAAGUGCCUGCCAAUCUUCCCACGUUGUAACCGUACAGAGUCGGCGAUCUAUAAAUUGUAUACCCGAACAUUUGUCGAUAAGCAGAGACGUUAAGCGAACUGAAACAUAUACACACAUAUAUAAUUGUAUUUUUACUAUAUCUUUGCGAAAAAUAUUAAGAAACGAGCAUAUAGCCUAAGAAAACUUAUUUGUAAGAAAUUCGAAAAAUGUUUUAAUGGCACUUAUUGCUUCCUUCCCCAGCUUAUGAACGGGAUUGAAUUUUUGAUUUUAUGUUUAACCCGCAAAUGAAAUUGUUUGUUUAUUGGAUAAAUCGAUAUUUAUGUAUUAUAAAUUUUUUGCUGAUCCUCAAAGUAUUCCCUCAAGCCCCAUACAAUCUAACAAAUAGAACAGGCAAAAAUAUUGUAAAUAAGUUAAAAUGUACGUGAUUUCUCUUAAUAAUUAAUUAUUUAAAAUGAGUUUAGUUAGACGCUUAGUUAGGCACAUUUACAGAUUCCAAUUUAAAAUGCAAACCCUUUGUUUCUAUGUAUUAAUAUUUCUUUAAAUUGUUUAGGGGAGUUCAGUGUGAAGUUGAAUGAUUUUUGAUUUGUCUACUGGAGAGUGCUACCCUCACAAUUUGUAGGACUUAUCGUUAUUUAAAUAUCAGGAUAUCCUAGCAAUGAAGAAUGUAAACUGAAAUAAAUGAAGAUGAUCACAAAA